UGCUUAUAUUUAUGUUAUUUUGUAUUCAGAUUUAGCCGAUAACGUACUUUUUGUAUUACAAUAAGUGUAUAACUUUGACGAAAAUAAUAUUAUAAUAAUACUAGAAAUAUUAACGUUUAUUUAAAUUGAGUUUUUAAUUAUGAAGUGAAAAGUGUAAUUAAUCAUCAUACAAUUAUAUGUUUUACUAUACCUAGUUUAUUUGAAAGGCGAGAUUAGGUUGUUUUCAAGUUGUCCAUACUAAGUCGGCCUAUAUAGGUACCUGUACAUAGAAAAUUUUUCUGGAAAUUAAAAUGCAAGCUUGUGCAGUGUGUAUAGAAUAAAGUAUAAUAUGACUGGGAUUAACUUGCGUCAAACAGUGUUAAAACUUAAAACUAAAAACUUUAUAUCGAUCAAGCAAAGUAUAUGUUUACUAUAUCAGUAUAUAUAUAAUAUAUAUAUAUAUAUAUAUAUAUAGAUAUAUAGAUAUAUAUGUAUCUUACGCGGUUUUUUGUUAUUGUGACGUAAUUCGAGAAGGUAAUGAUUAAAAACAAAAAUAUAGCUCUGUGGUGCGAUGUUGGAGUGGUUAAAUAUAUAAACAGAAAUAAAAAAUACUACGAAUACAUGCGUAGUAUUAUAAACGUUUUAAGCUUAAUCCAACUAGUUUAUGGCGUAUAUAUGAUAAAAAAAAACCUUUUACGGAAAUACGAUCUUCUGAGGCGUUAUUGUUUCAGCAGCGCCCGUAUAUUAUUAUAGCAGUUACUCAAAAACCUAUACAUAUCUAUAUACCUAAAAUAUAUUUCAAGGGAUUAUAAAGGAUUUAGGUUUUUUUUUUCUACAGUAAAAUUAUAAUAUCAUGUGAAUAGCUUAGAAAUUAUUUUUUCUCCGUGGUUUAUGUGUUGUUAUUAUGUAAACUAAUAUUUCAACUAAGUUAUGCGGCGUCGAAACGGUCGAAAACAUAUUACCAAAACGACAUUUUAUUAAUUGUAUCAUUCGUUCCGCAAAUAUCAACAAUUAAAAACAUCAAAAAUACAUAUUCAGUAAUUUUCCAUAAGCGUUUAAAAUUAACAUGUUAAUGAAAUAUGUAAAUUAUUUCAUGCUUAAGAAUUCAUUCAAUCAGUUAGUUUUAAUAUUUAUAACUUAAAAAUAUACCCACACGAUGAAAUUUUCAAAAAAAUCUAGACCAAGAAUUAUUAUGAGUGAUUAAUAAACAUUUUAAUUAGUUAAAUUGUCUAUAAAAAAAUCUUAAAUCAAUUUUUUUUAUUGGUCAAAGAGGUUAAAAUACACAAAGAAUAAUACAAGGUUCCACGUAAAAUGUACUUUUAAUAAAUAUGAUUAUUUAAAUGAAAUACAUGUAUUACGCUAUAACAAUUUUAUCUCCGAAAUGUAUGACAGAUAAGAACGUUUCCUACGAUACAAAAAUAAUUGUUUAAUUAAUGUUUUUUUGUUUAUUGCAGUACAGUGUUAUAUUUGCUACCAUUAAAGUUUAUUGUAUGAGUUAAUUUUCUUAUUAAACGUCACAUUAAAUCUGAAUAUUAUUUAUACUAUGUUUUCAAAAUUUUUUGAAUUUUUUUUCACAAUUUCAAGUUUAAGGUUUUUAAUAAAAUCAUCUUAUAGACGGAUAAGUGGUAUCACGUUAAAUUCAUCGAAUUUCGUGGUGAAAAUAGUCAGAAAUACCGAACUUCAGUUGAAAAAUCAUGUUUGGUAAUCUAAUAUAUAAUUAAUGACUUUAAUAUUUUGUUAACUACCUAUGUACGAGUACUUAAAUUUCGAAACCGUUACUAAAUGAAAACGAUUCGUGUUACUAAAAGUUUCGACUUGUAUAAAGCCCUAAUACACUCAAUUAGGGCGGACUUAGUUUUUGCACUUUUAUUAAAAUCACAAACCUUUUUGCGCACAGAUUAUUUUUUUACAACUUCUCGUCAGAGCACAGAUUAUAUAUACAGUAUUCAAUCUUAAUAUUAUAAUGCCUACGGAAAGCUUUGGAUCCGUUCGUUGUUCAUCAAUUGAUUUUCCAGCCUAUUUUGAUGGGCUAAAGUUUUAAUUAAGUAAAGUAUAUUAUGCAAAAAACAUAAUUAGAUAAAUCUUAAACUACAGCGGGUGGAGCAAUUAUCAAAAUAUAUUAUCUCUACUUCUUCUGGUAGCAAAUAAACAAGAAACCGUUUAAGCCAUUUCCUAUAUAGAAAUUAUUAUUUUUAUACUCUCGUGGAUAAUGAACUACUUAUCUGUAUUCAACGAAACCAAAGUUUGCUAAAUACAAUGUCCAACAUACAGCACAGAUGACUUUUAAAAUUGAGUUAUAGGCAUGUUUUUCGAAAUCGAAAUCGACAUAGAUUUAUUUUAUAAUAAUAAUAAAUUGUCGAUAUUGAGGAUGCGAGUACAUAAUACAGGUAUUAUACAUUUCGAAGGAUGUUUUCCACUUAUUUAUAUACUUAAUAAUAUAUUUAUCUUUUAAAAAAUAAAAUUCUACCGGCCGGUAAAAAUAAUCUUUUACAUUUGAAUACGGCUAAAUAAUUUCCGGAAAUAGGAAAAUAAUAUUUAUUGAAAAAUAGUAUUUAUUUGUAUGAACGAAAAGGGGUUUAUCGUACGAACAAUAAGAAAUUAAUUCUGUAUAACAUUUUGUGCUUAAAAGAGUACCUACACCUGAUUUUAAACGGGAAAUUUUUUAAAAUGUUCACAAAUCUAUAUAGUAGUUACUGUAUAUUAUUAUAGAUUUUAAAUGCUUUAUAUACCAAAUCGGAUAAUAUCGAUUUGAGAUUUUGCGAAUGAUUGCAAAACGCGCGAAAUGUGAUACAAAAUUUGAACCGGGAUAAUUGUCCCCCCCCCAACGUCAUAAUGCACAAAAAAAAUGAAAGUAUAUAGGUAUUGCACGAAAUGUUUUUAAAACUCAUGUUUCAACUAUAUACAUGGGGUGGCCAACCUUUUUGUGGUCAAGUACCAAAUCUUUCCAAUCAAGGUUUUGAACAAUUUUCAAGUUACUGAUUUAUUAUGUAUAUUAUUAUUAAGCACACCACCUAUUUUUUUUUAAAUUACAAUUUUUAAAUAGCAUAAUUUUUAAUAAUUUCAAUUUGUUCACCUGCCAUUGUGAAAUUUGAUCGACGUGUCACGUUUGGCCGUAGGUUCGCCACCCCCGAAUUAUUUACCGUACAGACGAACCGCGACAAUAAUAAUCGGCGCGUUACUUUGGCGAUGAUUAAACAGUGGGACGUGCUUGUUCAUGUCGUUCUACUGCGGCAUGCAUUUGCCGUCGCUGGUCGGCGCGGCCGUGGGCCUGAUCGCGCGGUACUGGUGGGCCCGGCAAACGGCCGCGACGGUCGAGCUGUACACGGCUGCGGUACGGGCGAACAUGCCGUUCAUCGGGCUGGCCGCGGCCGCCGCGCUGGGCCUGUUCGCGGUGUUCCUGUGGUGGCACACGGAACUGGAACCGUGGACGGGCGGCCGGCGGCUGUUCCUGUUCAACGACCGGACGCUGGAGCGAGUGGCCGGGUGCGUGGCGCAGGUCACGUUGAACUCGACGCGCCGGCUCCAUCUGAACGCCGCGGACCCCGUUUACAAGCGGGUGGCCGACGUCACGUCCCGGAUGUUGACCGCCAACUCAUCGGUGGACGCGAUCCAGCGGCGCCAGUGGACGUUGGUGGUGGUGGACAGCCCGAACAUCAACGCCACCGUCAUGCCCAGCGGGCUGGUGAUGGUAUACACCGGUCUGGUGGCCGUGGUCAACGACGAUCAGCUGUCGAUAUUCGUCGGCCACGAGCUGGCGCACUGCCUGCUCCGGCACGUCAACCAGAUCAACAGCGUCGCGGUCGUGGUCAACGUGCUGUGCCUGGCGCCGGUGACCGCGGUCGUCUGCGCCACGCUGCCGUGGGGCUGGAACGUGUUGGCGUACCUGUUGUCGGUGGUCGUGUUGAAGGUGUGCUUUGUGCUGCCGUUCGUCCGGCUGUACGAGUCCGAGGCCGACCACGUAGGACUGCAGCUGGCCGCCAACGCGCGCGUGGACAUCGCCCAGGGCUACCUGUUCUUCGACGCCAGGGCCAAAAGGGACGGGUGCGCGUCCACACUGUUCUGGUGGCUGUACAUGCACCCGACCAACAAACGUCGGGCCAGACACUUGUACGGCUUGAUUCCCCGCGGACCACGCGACAACGGUCAGUUGCUAGUCGGAGAGCGUGACGACACUGCAGCACCCGUACCCAUUCACCAACGGACGCUCGGCAUAUAAAACGUGAUUUCUUUAAACACCCAUUUUUACGCUUAAAUUAUGAAUGCAUUCAAAUUAUGUUUCAAGUUGUUAAAAAAAAAGGUUUUUAUUAAAAAAAAAUAUAUUUUUUUAAGUUUUUUACUUUUUUGAAUGACAACGUAGAGUUUUAAUUUCAUGUUCCAAAGCAGAAUAUUUUUCUGAGUAUUUUGAUACAUAAAAAUCGAAUUUAGUAGCUUAUGAGUUAAAGUUUAGAUAAGCGGAGUAGUGGACAAACAUUUUGCGGGGUAACCCCGUACCACUCCACACCGUGCAUUUCGGAUAUAAGAUAAAAAAUAUUUAAAAAUAUAAUUUUUUAAUAAAAACGUUGUUUUUUAACAACUUGAAACUAUGUAAAAAUCAAAAUUUGAAUAUUUGCAUAAUUUAAGCAUAAUAAUGGGGUGAGCAUUCCUAAAAAAUCACCUUGUUUAGUGAGUUCACUGAUUUUCGAUAUGAUUAUCUUAUAAAAACACACAUACACACGUCAUUUUCACAAUAUUCAAAACAUUUGAAAGAUUAUUUAUUUAUUUCGUAUUUAUUCAAAAUAAUAUAAAAAACAUUACUCGACCGCAAAAAAAAUAAUAAAAAAAAAAUAAAAUAAAUUAUUGAUUAAUCGAUGUCUAUGAUAGCCAUAGAUUUGAAAGAAUGUCUGUGGUACCUCCGUACCGCGACGUAAGGGCAUAAGGGUAUACUAAGUUGCAGUAGUCUAAAAUGUGUGUUUUAAAAAGGGGCUAACUGUAGGGAUUUAUUGGAUAUCGAAAUUAAAUGAAUAUUUGUUUGAUUGUACCCCUUGUUGCCAUUGCAAGUUACAGUAAAUAAAAUAGUUAUUAAGAUUGGAUUUAAAAUUUUGUUUUAGAUGCUUCAAAACCACCUGAAUUAUUGUGUUUAAACUAUGUGUAGCAUACGUUUAACGGGGUCAAACACAAUAUUUUAUCCUCUGUAAAUCAUCUGGCAUUAUUUGGUUUGUCACGGGCAACGUCAUGCAGAACUGGAUAGUUAAUAAUAUGAAACAUUGAAACGAGAUGAAUGGAGUAGUAUAUAAUAAUUAGUAAAUCAUAUUAUUCAAAACUCAACAAAAGGCUUUCGGGCUCAUAUAUUUCAAACGAUACGGUUAAAUUAUAAAACUGCCAAAACUAAUAACUGAAAUGUUUUCGCGUGACAUCUCUUUAUAUUAUUUUAUGCGUCGUAAUUAAUUCAAAGAUGUACUUAUAAAAUAAAAAUAUAAUAUAAGCUGUGAUAUUUUCAUCAAACAGAAAAAAAUGACUAAUUAGUAUAAUAUAUAUAUUAUUUUAUAUACAUUUAUUUGUGUACUUUGAAAUAAUAAUUAUUACGUUAAAUUAGCAUCGUAUUUAUUUAAUAAACUGAACAAAAGACGACAUGAAACAGAAACAAAUUUUGAAAAACAUUUAUCAAACGAAUAAAAAACGUCAAAAACUACAUAAUUAUUAUUGUAUGGAGAUAAAUUGUCUUACAGUUUAUUAUUUUAAUAAUACUGAUGAGAAUGAUUAGAAGAAAUAUUUAUAUUAAUGUAAAUUGAACAUAUAAUUAUAAAGGAAAAUAUCGUACUCAUCGAAGAAUUCUGUUUUAUACCAUUUGUCGGUCUUUUAUUGUCAUAUAUUUAUUGUUACGUCAUUUUAAUACCGAUAAGAACAAAAAGAAAAUCAACAAUUAUAUGAUAGUGUGAUAGAACAUAACGAUGAACGUACAGAGGUAUCCGGUAUACUUAUAAUCUAUAUAUAAUUAUAUUAUCUAUAUUAUGUUGUCACGAAUCUAUUCAUCCGGUUAUCUUGAUUUUUUUUCAACUGGUGAAGACGUAAAGUACAUCGUGAUUAGAGGUCUAAGCCUAUUUUUUAUUCUAUAAAUUAUUAAAAAAUUGAGUUAUCAUUUUUUUUUAAUAAUCAGCAAUACUCGCAUAAAGAUAAAUUAUUUUUAUCCGUGAAUAUCCGAACAAAACUUUUUAGUCGUUUUUUGGUUCAACUUCAUGAGUUGUUAAUUUUUGGUCUAGAAUGAAAACAAAAUCAAAUUUGGUUCGUUAAAUAAAAAAACAAAAUCCAAAAGAAAAAUAAUUUAAAAAAAAUGCUGCUAUUAAAUGGCAAAAAAAAAGUUACGCCGAGCAGUACAUCUAUGUAAAAUUAAUAAAUCGGAAAUAUAAUUUAUAUACCAAAUCAGAAAACCAAAAUUUUUCCACAAGCGUUACGCUAAAUAUUAGCAUUAGACAAUUAAUUUUAGUACAGAUGCAUUUUUUUGGGGGGGCAACGAAGUAUACGAGGAUAGCUGGUAUACGUAGUAUAUGAACGAUAUUACUACAUAAUUUUGAAACAACGUCCCCGCCCUUUCAUAAUAAUCAUAAGAAUAAAAUAUUAUAAAUAAUAUACAUAUUAUGUGAGUUUACAACUAUCCAUGUGUGUAAUGACUAUUUAUUGUGCAAAAUUUCGAAUAACUCUGAUCACGUGAUUUUUUUUCUUACCCGUUCAAGUCACGAUGGCUGGAAAUUAAAUUUAUUUAUUUUGAUAAUAUACUUAAUAUUUGUUGUGAUGUAAGUUGACAAAUAAUUUGAUCAAUUAUCAGAAUGGUCAGAUUUGUAUUGGCAAUUACAAUUAUUGUUUGUAGGUGAUCAGGUGAUGAACCAUGUUAUGGUGAUAAAUCAAAAGUGUAAAUAAAAUUUAUAUUUCUAGGAUCAGUGAAUAUUAAUAAAUUAAGGUAUGGGCAUAAAAGAGGUUUAAAUUAUAAAAAAAUUUUGAUUACUAAUCAUUUUAAAACUGUCUAAUAAGCUAUUUUAGGAGAUACAACUGAUUUGGAUUCAUUGAAAACCAAAAUAUUAUUAUUACAAAUAUAUGUAUAGUUGGUACCUGUUGAUUCUAUGUAAUAUAUAUAUUAUAAUGGUUGUAAGGGUUCAAGGUGCCACACUGCAACAGUUAUAAGUUUCGAGUGACCGAAUAGUCAGUUUUUAACAAUAUUUAAAAAUAUAUACAGCCUUAAAAAUCUUGCAUCACAAAAAUGACGAGGAUCGUGUUUGCCAAUAUACUCUUCAUCAUUCUUGUUACACAAAGUUGUUAAGAUCCUGUAUAGUAUCAUAUUUUAAUAUUUUGUUAAGAACUGUUUAUCGCGGGUAACUUAAAAAUCAUUAGGUACCAUUGCCCUGUAUUCCGCACAUUUAGACUAGCAGCAGGCAGGAAUGAGUUCUUAAACGCGUUAAUUUGAACAAAUUGUUUUUAGGAAGGCAUAGUAAAUUAUAGAUAGAUAAUGAGCUAGUCUUUUUGCCACGACUAGUUCCAAAUUUUAAACUAAAUUAGAUAAGCCAAGUUGAUAUAUAUAUAACAAUUAAGGAAAUAAUUAUGAUGUGAGUACAGAAAACAUACGCGGUGCUUCAGUGGUUUUAGUCAGAAUCUACUGAAAAAGUUUUUUUUUUUUUUUAAAAUAACUGUACUAAACAACAUUGAAAAUGAUCUUGGUUUGAUGAAUAGUUAAGUGAAUAACAGAAAAGUAAAAUAUAUAGAGAGUGCAUAACUGUUCAUUAGUGUCCCUAACCGUAUUUAAGAAAUGUUUACGCUACAGCACGUGUUUCACUUCCAGUGCAUCGGUUUCGUGAAUGUUUGGUUUAGAGGCGUUAAUGUAAUGCUUCAAAAGAAAAAUACCAUAAGAGUUUUGAUAAUAUAUUUAAUCAUUAAUUGAGUAUAAUCAAUACGAAUGACAAAUUUAUUUAAAUAAAUCAUUUUCUUCAAUAAUAAUAAUAAAAUGUUUUUCUAAGUAUUUAGUACAAAGAGAAAAACCUUACUAUAAUUUUCAUUUUUUUUUUCAUCUUCAAAAGCAUAUGACGUUAAAAAUAAAAUUUUAGAUUUGAUACUUUAUUGAUGCAUAUUUAAUAUUUCACAUUCGUUUCAUUACUGUUAUUUAUUUGACAAAUUGGUAUUUUAAAAAUUUGAACGUACAAACGAUUUGAUUCGUUUAUGAACUGAACAAAAUCCAACUAUCCAUCAGACGAACGAAGCAGUCGACAAUCGAUAAAAUGGGCAAUACAUUUAUUAAAAUGAAUUUUGUUUGUAACCUCCCACCCCCCUUAUUUAGCCUAUUAAGUGUGGUCUGGGCUUACCACUUAUAACACAACGGUAUUAAUUGCAGUGCGGACACUCGACCCGAAAAGCGAAUAUGACGGUAUGACAUGCCGCGCCGGAUGAAGCUCUACACAGCUAUUGUAGUACUUAAGCCUAUUAUCAUAAAUUCAUAAUCAUUGUCAUGUUUAUCGUUCCGUUUGAAAGCCGUUCGCUGGAAACGUCUGACGGGACGGUCAUCGCCGGCCAUUUCGCGGCGUACACUAUGUCAUAUCACACACGAUAUUACGAUAUUAUUAUAAUACGAUGAUUGUAUACGACAGUGCUUUUCAAACUGGGGGCCGCGGUUAUAUGACUGGGUGAGUCGUGAAAUGUAUAAUAUAUAUCUAACCUAAUACUGGUAGGCCAUAAAAUAAUUAACGAUUUUGAUUAAAUGGGCAUUGACGAUUUCACGUUAUAACAUUUAGGGGGGUGCCUCCGCGACAAAAAAGUUUGAGAAGCACUGUCGUAUACCUACGGUAUCCGCGUACGCGAUAAAUAACUAUGCGUGCGUACCUACGGUGACCGUAGAGCUACCUAACUCGACCAUUUCGUAUUGACAUUGCCGUUAUUCGCGUAUGAAAAUAUAUAUAUGUGACAAGGCGGGUUGUUCGCUUACGUCGUCGUGUAUGGUGCCUGGAUAUACGGUUUUUUUUCUUUUUUAGAGCGUUUGGGAUACACGAAACUGUCGGGACGAGAUAAAUUGGCAAUUUUACCCGAGUGGCGCCCGCCUAUACAUGUAGGAACAUUUACACGCCGAACACAAUCAGAACGCAGUCAGAUAAUCUUCAUCGGGAAAUUCACUAUGUGACAUAUCGUCACGCAUCAUAGGACGGACUUUAUUAAAUCGUUUUCGAACGGUAUAACAUAAUAUAUUAUAUUAUGUACGAUGACAAACACAGUAUUCGACGUGGACAUUGGCAUAUCGUUUGUAUUACGUAUAUUAUAUUAUACAUAAGAUGAGGCAUCGUAGAAAGUCCAUUAACCGCCGUAAUAUACAGAAUUCGAAGGAGUUGGGAAUUGGAGCUUUGAGUUUUCUUCGUAUUUAUUGAUCUUAUACAUUUUCAAGUUAGAUUUAAGAAGAAAAAAUGACAGGAAAUAAUUAAUUAAAAAUUAAUAAAAAAUAAAAAAUUACGAACAUUUAAUACAAAUGUUAAUAAUAAUACAUAAUAAGUUGUCCAUACAUCAAUUUUAAAAUAUCAAUUAUUCAUUUUAUUAUUACUUAUUUAAUAUUUUUCAUUAUUAUUUUAUACAUAUAUAAAUAUAUAUAUAUAUAUGUGUGUGUGUGUGUGUGUGUGUAUUUGAAGUUCAAGUGUUUACAAAAUUUGAUAUUUAAAUAAUAAAAUAAUAAUUAGGAAAAAAUAAGAAUAAUUCACGUUUACAUAAUAAUAUAUAAUAACCUAUUAUUUUUAAUACGUGUUGAAAUUUCAAAAAUAUUUAGAUAAAUAUUAUUAUAAAUAUUUAUAUUUCAAUAAUAAAUAAUCAAAUUUAGCACAUCCAAUACAGUGACUUUUUAACGAGAACAUACAUAUUUAUUCAAAACCUACUAUACAUACAACAUUUCCUAUGUAUUUUUUCCAUUCGCUUUUUACACACCGUUAUUCUAGUUAUUGGACAAUUAUCGUUGGUAAUAAUAUUAUAAGAGUUGGUCAAUACCAACCAAAGUUUUUUCCUAAAUUUCUCACGCCUAUAAAUCAUGUUAACGAUUACUUAUCAUGUACCAACUUUACACCGUGUACGACGUUUCGAAUUUUUUUAAUGCCAAACUUAUUUUGACUUGGAAUCUACUAAAAAAAUUGAUUCUGUGUUGGUAUAUAAAGAUUUUAUACACUGAAAUCACAUACACUGUAUGAAAACACAUAAGUUAACACGCAAAAUACUUUUAAAUUUACGUUAUGUGAAAGUUUUACAAUACUUGAAUAAAAACGUGUAAAGUAUAUUCGAAUGUGUAUUACAACAACAAUCAAUAGUCUUAAAAAUUAUACAAAUAGAUAAACGUAUUUAAAUAUAUUAUUAUAUAAAUAUUUUAAAUAAUUUUGAACGCUCACUAAUUAUUAUCUGCAAUGGCUAUGUUUUCAAAAUCGAGUUGAGUAAUUAAUCACAAUAGAACUACAAAUAUAAAAUACUCGUGCAAUGUUUGGUAUUUCGAAUUUUUGAAUUAUAAAAUUGCACGAUAAAUUAUUUAAAAUAAAUGUCAAAUGCUCAUUUCCUGAAAUGCAUAUAAAAUGUAUACGAAACACAAUAAUAAAAAUGUAUAUUUUAAUACCCGACAAGUAUAAUGCUCGUACGAUGUAUACUAGUAUAUUAUAGGUAGCGUGUUUACGGCGUCGACGUCGUUUCCUCUUAUAACCAAGUUUGCGUCACGCCUGACGAUCUCGGGUCGCUUUGACGGUGGCGCGGUAGGGCGGUGUACUCGCGGGUGAAUUUCUGCGGUUCCUUCGCGGAGCGGGACUGACGUCUCCGGAGGACCACCCCGAGCGUCGUCGUCGCCGCACUUCGCCAGUUAUAAUCUUAUUACCGUAAUAUAUUAAUACCGUGUAAGUGCGUAGUGUGAUACCGAUGGUAUGCGUUCCUAUUAAUACAAUCCCCGCGAUACCCCCCCCCCCUUAACCAAGUAUAUCCAAGUAUAUAAUAUAGACGCGGCGAGGGGGUGGAAGAAGGAUUAGGUGUUUGCGCUUGCAGUGUGUGUGAUCAACCAUGUCAAAUCCUUUCCAUCCAUACGUGUACGUACGCGUAAACGCAAUAUACUAAUAUAUAAUGAUAUAAUAUUGCCUAAAGUUUUAUUUUUAUCUUCAAUUCUACGUUAAGUCGACUCGACAUUACACCCGUUAUACGAUGAUCGAUCUUCGAAUUUCAGGCGAAAAAUAACGUAGGUAGUGUUAUCUGAACGCGUAAUCCGAGCAUAGUAUGCAUAUAAUAGGUCAGGUCAUAAUAUAAUCUAUAUAUGAUACGAUUAAGACGGAAGUGAAAGUAUCUCGCCAAAAACUGUUUAAAGUCAUCAAUAAAACCAUCGAAAAAAUACAUACAUAUUGUAGAAAAUACAACGAUUGGUCAUCACAAAGCAAAUAUUAUAUUACCACGUCGAUAUUGUCUACUGUAAAACUGAUGAUUAUAAUAAUAUGAUCAACACGGGGAUGGGCAACUGACGUCCUGCGCACCAUUUCAAUCUGAAUUUUUUUUUUUUUUUAAUGUUAUUAUGGCAUUUUUUGGCUUUAUAUACUCGCUGACCCGCUAUACCUUCUUAAAGUUCUAAAAAUUGGUCUUCCAGUAACUCUGAGUCGAGUUUCCUAUCCCUGAACCAUGUGAAUUAUUAACAUCUCGAAAACUUUCAUUUCUCUCAGCCAGCCCGCAAUAAAACGUGGCCAUUGCACGUCAUAUAUACAAUUGCGGAUGAACGUUGCAAGUAUCACCGCGUUAAACUACGGGCAUAGUAGUUUAUCGGUACCUACGCGUAACGAUCGCUAUCGAUUCGAUUGCCGUGUCCAUGAUACACGUUUACGCAUUGUGUGUGCUUACAUUACAAGUGGAAACGAGAUAAAAUACAAUAGUCGUGUCUUUCGCAUCGGCCAGACGUUUUGUGUUCGCCCGAUAAUAUUGUUGGGUGCGCUCACCUAUUUUUUUUUUUUUUAUGUAAUCCUUACCCGGUUUUUAAAGUCGGUUAUUAAAACAUAUCAUAUGAUCAGCUGCACUCGCGUGUUUAAAGUUUGUAUUAAAUAAUAACUAAUAUUCUGAAAAUAUAUAGUAAAUUCAUGAAUUCAUUGUGAAACCACAACAUUUUAUAAAAAUAUGACAGUAUAUUAUAGGUAAUUGAUGUUUUGUAAAUAGUUUGAAUAAUUGGAUAUGGAUGUUUUUUGGUUGAUGUUCUAUAGAAAUCUGCGAGUUCAUCUGCGACGACCUUUCAAAAAUGAUUAUUUAUAAAAAUAAUUGUUUUUUUUAUUAUUAUUUUAACAGCGAUGACAUCACGACGGCCGAAAGUCUAAAUCAAAAGUUGGCCAGCUAUUAAAAAUUAUUGUCGAUAGUGUUGAAUUUCAUAAAAUUAAUCUUAGUUACUCGUUUACUCUGAGCAGUGAAAGUGAAAGAUGAGUAACGACCAACUGCAGAAAUACGUAAACAAAUUUUAAAAUGUUUUGGUGUCGGUGAUGUUAUUUAUUUAAAUCACACUGUUCAAUAAAACAGUCGACAGUAAAACUGUGAUUGAUCUUUGUAGUUCUAUCAAAUUAUUGACGAAUUAACAUAUUAAUGAAUCGUUUAUACAUAACGCUUUAAGUACACACACACACAGACACAGUACAUUAUUAUUUAUGGUAUAUUAUCUGUCUUAUUAGCAUCGUCCAUUAAGCGUUAUUUACCCGAAUUAUUUGAGCGCAACUUGCGUAUGUUAUCCAGACAAUGAUGUCGACCUCACACGCGGUACGUUAAGUUCCUAACGCUCAACUAUACUACCUAUACAUGUAUCGUAUUCGCAUAAUUUGUUAUGUCCCCGUAUGCGAUAAAUCGCGAGCGCACGUCUCAGAACUUUUCGAAUUAUUUGACAUUCGUCCGAUAGACGCACUGCAGAGUCCCGUCAAUGGGGGUAGCGCGCGUGUAUAUGGGUUUUGCAGCCCCGUCGGGCGUGAUUCGCACGUUCUAAUACAACUGCGAAAUCCGUUUUUGCCACGCAUCAGACCGAGUGUAAUGCCACGUUUGGAAUCGAUGCCGAUAUACUUAUAUAUUUAAUAGUUUUUGUGCAGAACGGAUUAACCGGAAGUUGACCUGGUCCCAGAAAAUCACUGUAUGGGGUCUUAUAGUUUUAUGCAAAUUCGUCACCGGCGAAAUUAAAAUCUGAUCGUUUUUGAUUCCGCGAACCAAUUAAAAUCGCUCACCAACCGAUGUAUAAUAUAAUGGAAGUAAUUUAAAAAACCGGAAAUGGUUUUGUUUGCGUUACGAUGUAUAGUUUAAAUAUAAUAUAUUGUUUUUCAUUUCACGUCACGGUUCUAGAUCAAAGUUUAUACUUUGAGUAAAUAAAUCAAAUACGAAAUGUCGAAACGUUUGCUGUCCACCCGCUGUUAUAACGUGCACAUGUCCGACGCGAGAUAAUUUUUUAUUCAAACACAAGCGACGCAUCUUAUAUACCUGCUAGUGAUAUGCCGUAGUUACACAGUUAUAUUAUGUGCUGUGAAAUAAAGAGAAAAAAAAAGAAAAGUAGAAUCGAGUAUUUGCCAAAGUCAUUAAGUAACAUAUUAAAUAAGGACCUAUUUGAUUUUCAAAAUAAAUUCUUUAAAAACUUUAAAUUAAUGUAAACACACACAAAAAAAAAACAAAAAACACAAUUAUCUAAUGUUUAGAAUUUUUUUUUAUAAAAACGUAUAAUGAAAAGCCUGUAUAUAAUAUUUAUAAAUAUUAUUAAUAUUGUUUCUCAUAACUAUAAAGAAAAAAACUCCGGGAUUCUAUUGAUUUUAAAAUUGUUUCUUUGCAUUUUUUUUAUUAUUAUUUCUUUUGGUAAACAAUUUGUAUUAAUAUUUUCUAAUAAAGUUGAAUUAUUUCAAUGAUGAAACCAAAAUAAUAAAAUAUAAUUUUUAAAAUUAUUGUGGAGUAUAUCAAACGAUUUUUUCGUUGUCAGUGUCUAUUUUGGGUCGAGGAAAGAAUUUUGUCAAAUAAUCGAUAUUAAAAGAUACAUAUAUACAUGCAUUCGUUAAAUUUGCAUAUUGUUUGUUUCUAUUUUUCAUGUUUCAAUGUAUAUUUGUGUAAAGCCACCGCCUUCACCACCAUAAACACUACAACAACUACUACUAAAGUAUGGUGAUCACCGAAUGGUGAUAACUCCGAAGACGGUUCUGCUGCUUCGACAAGCAGAACGAAAACUUCGUCGUUGGGAAUUUUAUGGAAGUGUUCCGUCACAAUAAGAGUUAUUACGGUUUUCGUCGGACGCAAAACCACGCCGAAGGAGAUUCGUUUUCAAAACAAACUGCGGUCCACUGUAGUCGAUGUAUAUUUGCUUAUUUAUUUUUAUGAUUAUGUAUUUUAUAUUUUUGUUUUCGAUAUAGAACUUCUGCACAGCUGUUACGGUCGUGUGAACCGAUACUUUGUAUUAAUGACGCUAUUGUUAAAUAUAAUUGCAAAAAUCUUAUUAA